UCCACUCACAUGGUCAAAGCAGUUCUGCUUUCUAUCUCCUAUAUUUGGGUUUAUCAUAUAUUGUUUUGCAAAAAGGUUUCGAUGCGAAGCCAUUCUGAGUGCUCUCAGCAGGGUCCCUUGCAUCUCCGGCUGGCCUCAAACUUCCUAUUGAGGAUUACCUUGAACUCCUGACCCUUCUGUUGAUAAAGAUGGAGCUUUACUGGUUUGCGUAUUUAAGAGUGCUGGACAGGCCGGGGCCUGCCGCCCAGCAGAGUUGUGUUUUCCUGAUCCGGGCUCGGGCCGCCCCUCCUCCGGGACCCUCCCCUCGGGAACCCGUCGCCCGCGGCGCUUAGUUAGGACUGGAGUGCUUGGCGCGAAAAGGUGGACAAGUCCUAUUUUCCAGAGAAGAUGACUUUUAACAGUUUUGAAGGAACUAGAACUUUUGUACCUGCAGACACCAAUAAGGAUGAAGAAUUUGUAUUAGAGUUUAAUAGAUUAAAAACAUUUGCUAACUUCCCAAGUAGUAGUCCUGUUUCAGCAUCAACAUUGGCGCGAGCUGGGUUUCUUUAUACCGGUGAAGGAGACACCGUGCAAUGUUUCAGUUGUCACGCGGCAAUAGAUAGAUGGCAGUAUGGAGACUCAGCUGUUGGAAGACACAGGAGAAUAUCCCCAAAUUGCAGAUUUAUCAAUGGUUUUUAUUUUGAAAACGGUGCCGCACAGUCUACAAGUCCUGGUAUCCAAAAUGGCCAGUACAAAUCUGAAAACUGUGUGGGAAACAGAAAUCCUUUUGCCCUUGACAGGCCAUCUGAGACUCAUGCCGAUUAUCUCUUGAGAACUGGACAGGUUGUAGAUAUUUCAGACACCAUAUACCCGAGGAACCCUGCCAUGUGUAGUGAAGAAGCCAGACUGAAGUCAUUUCAGAACUGGCCGGACUAUGCUCAUUUAACCCCCAGAGAGUUAGCUAGUGCUGGCCUCUACUACACAGGGACUGAUGAUCAAGUGCAAUGCUUUUGUUGUGGGGGAAAACUGAAAAAUUGGGAACCCUGUGAUCGUGCCUGGUCAGAACACAGGAGACACUUUCCUAAUUGCUUCUUUGUUUUGGGCCGGAAUGUUAAUGUUCGAAGUGAAUCUGGUGUGAGUUCUGAUAGGAAUUUCCCAAAUUCAACAAACUCUCCAAGAAAUCCAGCCAUGGCAGAAUAUGAAGCACGGAUCGUUACUUUUGGAACGUGGACAUCUUCAGUUAACAAGGAGCAGCUUGCAAGAGCUGGAUUUUAUGCUUUAGGUGAAGGCGAUAAAGUGAAGUGCUUUCACUGUGGAGGAGGGCUCACAGAUUGGAAGCCAAGUGAAGACCCUUGGGAACAGCAUGCAAAGUGGUAUCCAGGGUGUAAAUACCUAUUGGAUGAGAAGGGGCAAGAAUAUAUAAAUAAUAUUCAUUUAACCCAUUCACUUGAGGAAUCUUUGGGAAGAACUGCUGAAAAAACACCAUCUCUAACUAAAAAAAUUGAUGAUACCAUCUUCCAGAAUCCUAUGGUGCAAGAAGCUAUACGAAUGGGAUUUAGCUUCAAGGACAUUAAGAAAACAAUGGAAGAAAAAAUCCAAACAUCUGGGAGCAGUUAUCUAUCACUUGAGGUCCUGAUUGCAGAUCUUGUGAGUGCUCAGAAAGAUAAUACACAGGAUGAGUCAAGUCAAACUUCAUUGCAGAAAGACAUUAGUACUGAAGAGCAGCUAAGGCGCCUACAAGAGGAGAAGCUUUGCAAAAUCUGUAUGGAUAGAAAUAUUGCUGUCGUUUUUGUUCCCUGUGGACAUCUGGUCACUUGUAAACAGUGUGCUGAAGCAGUUGACAAAUGUCCCAUGUGCUACACCGUCAUUACGUUCAAGCAAAAAAUUUUUAUGUCUUAGUCCGGCACCACAGUAGGCAUGUUAUGUUCUUCUUGCUGUAAUUGAAUGUGUGAUGGGAGCGAACUUGAAGUAAUCAGCAUUGCAUUCCAUUAGCAUCUGCUGUUUCCAAAUGGAGACAAAUGGUAACGGCACUGUUUCCGUCUAAACUUUCAAUUUCUGCAUCUUUCGAGUUAUCAGCUGUAUCAUUUAGCCAGUGUUUUACUCUAUUGAAACCUUAGACAAAGAAGUAUUUUAUAGCUUUUCACAUGUACAUUGGUAGUACACUGGCUUGAUUUCUAUAUGUAAGUGAAUUCAUCACCUGCAUUUUUCAUGCCUUCUGCAUAAGCUAACAAAUGGAGUGUUCUGUAUAAGCAUGGAGAUUUGAUUUAAUCUGCCCAAUCACUUUAAUUUGCUUAUUGUAAACAGGGAAAGAACUGUUCCACACUGCUGGCAGAAUCAAGAUUGUU